UUCACUUCCUCUUUUGGACUGCAGAAUUUGCCCUCUGGGUGGACUAUCAAGCCUCGAGAGAAGCCAGUGCCUGCUGUGCUGGGCUGUCAGAGCAACCUGCUCACUCCAGGAGGUGAUGGGGAUCCCCUCAUUCCUAGCCUUCCCUGCUGCCUGGAGGGACCGAGCUCACUGCACGCCCUGGCAUCCUUGGGGCCACAUGCUACUGUGGACAGCUCUGCUCUUCCCGGCUCCUGUUCCUGGGAAACGUGAUCUCCCAAAAGCUGUGGUGAGCAUCCAGCCUGCGUGGAUCAAUGUGCUCAGGGAGGAUCACGUGACGCUGAUGUGCCAGGGGACCAGCUUCUAUGCAGGCAACCUCACCACGUGGUUCCAUAACGGGAGCUCCAUCGACACCCAGAACCAGCCCAGCUACAGCUUUAGGGCCAACAGCAAUGACAGUGGAUCCUACAGGUGCCAGAGGGAGCAGACCAGCCUCAGCGACCCCGUGCAUCUGGAUGUGAUUUCUGACUGGCUGCUGCUCCAGACCCCCAGCCUCGUGUUCCAGGAAGGGGAGCCCAUCGUGCUGAGGUGCCACAGCUGGAGAAACCACCCUCUGAGUAAGAUCACGUUUUACCAGGAUGGGAAAUCCAAGACAUUUUCCUAUCUGCGCUCCAACUUCUCUGUCCCACGCGCCAACCUCAGUCACAGCGGCCAGUACCACUGCACAGCGUUUCUCGGGAAGACGCCACACUCGUCACAGCCCGUGAACAUCACUGUCCAAGAUGGGAAUGAAGGUUGUUCAAGGAGAUGUACACCUUGGAAAGACGGGUCCAGCAGUUCCACUCAUCUUUCCACCUUGGUAUCAAAUCACUUUCUGCCUGGUGAUGGGGCUCCUUUUGGCAGUGGAUACAGGCCUGUAUUUUUCAGUGCAGAGAGACCUUCAAAGCUCCAUGGGAGACUGGAAGAAUUACAAAGCCAGAUGGAGCCAAGACCCUCAGAACAAAUGACUCUUCAUUCCAUGAUGUAACAGCAGUAGUGGCAGCAACUCUUCAGUCCAUAACUUUCCUCUUCCCUGGCCUCACCUUGACAACAACCUGGGCUAAGGAGGCUCCAGGGAAAGAAAAAACCUGUGAUCUCCAGAUCAAGUAGAAGGUAACAGGCCCUACCUUCACUGAUCUCCCAAAGGCUAAGGCACAGUCCCAGCCCAUCCAGUUCUACAUGGACUCACAGCAAAUGUGUUCUCCCAGCUCCUCGCCAGAGGCUCCUCAUAUAUAUGAAACCUCAGUAAAUCCUGGUGCUUCUUGCAAAGUAAAUCCAGCAAUCUGCCCACUUCUCACAGGCUGCAGAUGGGCUCGUGGGGGCUGGGGCUGCCUGGAGGGAUGGCGCAGCCCCAGGAGGUGGGUAGACAUGGCAGCAUCUUGAUCCAAGCCACCAUCCUCUCUUACUUGGAUUAUUGCAACAGCCUCCUGCCUGGUCUUCCUGCACUCAACCAUGUCACCCAACAGUCUAUUCUCACAACAGCCAGUGUGUGUUGUAUCUGUCACUUCUUUUCUGAAAGCUAUGUAAUAGCUUCCCCCUUGCAUUUAGAGUAAUAGCUAAAGCCUUUGCCAUGUUCUACAAGGUACUACAUGAUCUUGCUCCUCAGUGCCGCUCUGACCUCAUUUACUGCUCUGUUUCGCUUCCUUGGACACUUCAAUUAUAUUUCUGCUACAGGAUUAUGUUAUUUACUGUUCCUGAAAUGUUCUUAUAGAUAUCCACAUCAUGCUUCUUCAUGGUCUUUACUCAAAUAUAACCUCAUCAGUGAGGUCUCCUUGGUCAUUCAACCUAACCUCACUUCUCCACCAUCUCCUAAUCCUGCUCUCCUGCUUCAUUUUUCCCCAUUGUUCUCAUCUCCAACUGAAUAUGUUCAGUUGUUCAGUUGUUUAUUGCUGUAUUUCCUUCCCCCCCCCAUGUAUAUUUCACCAACUGACUACUCCCUCUCUCAUUAAAACAUGCUCCAGGAGA